AUGGCUGACAAGCUCCGAAUAACAAAGGUCGAACAGGUCCAGGUACUGGCAGGAGGAGAGAUCUCCUCAGUAACUCUACACUUGACACCUCACCAUCUUAUUCUUGUGAAAGCCGCUGCCCCGCCAUCCCCGCAGCAUUCUCCGAAGAAGGCCUCAACAAAGUCAAGACCACAAGAAUCAUGGAUCGCGUAUCCCAUGAUAGCUUUCUGCACCUUCCGCCCGACGCCGCACGGCUCUGGACUCUGGUCUUCGAUACGCAUACGAGGUCGCGACUUCAAAUUUGUGACGCUUAACAUUGAAGACGGCAAAAAGGCGAAAGACGUUUACGAGAGCAUAAAGGGUGCCACAUGCAGACUGGGUAGCGUUGAGAAGCUCCAUGCUUUUGUUUACGAUCCUCCACCGCCGGAGAAGAAGAUGUCCGGUUGGGAAAUAUACGACGCAAAGGCAGAAUGGAAACGACAGGGCAUAAGUGACAAAGGCGUGGACAGAGGAUGGAGGAUCUCAAAGAUCAACGUAGACUACGGAUUCUCGCCGACAUAUCCUGCGUUACUUCCAGUACCUUCCUCUAUUUCUGACAACACGCUUAACUAUGCCGGAAGAUAUCGUUCGAGGGCCCGGAUACCGGCCCUUACAUAUCUUCACCCAGUGAACAAUUGUUCAAUCACUAGAAGCUCGCAGCCGUUGGCUGGCUUGAGGGGCAACCGAAGUAUCCAAGAUGAGAAACUCGUUAGUGCAUGCUUCUCUGCAUCCGCACAGCCAGACGACGGCGAAUACCCGUCCUCAACCCAGUCGAGGGCAAGCCCAACAUCAAGUCAGCCGGAUCUUGGAUUAACAAGCACAGAGGGCGAACUUUCAGAAACAGAGCGGUUGGAGGACGAGCUGAUAUCUUCCUCAACAAUGGAGGUACUCUCAGACAAACCUCACGUAUAUGGAGCUCAGCAGCACAAUCUAAUCGUUGAUGCUAGACCCACUGUCAACGCAUUGGCCAUGCAAGCUGUUGGCCUUGGCUCGGAGAACAUGGACCACUACAAGUUUGCAACAAAGGCCUACCUGGGAAUUGACAAUAUACAUGUGAUGAGAGACUCUCUGUCGAAGGUUGUCGAAGCUAUCAAGGAUUCCGAUAUCUCAAAGUUACCGCCAAACCGAGAACAGCUUGCUAAAAGUGGGUGGAUCAAACACAUCACAGGAUUGCUUGAUGGGGCUGCUUUGAUCGCGCGUCAAGUUGGGAUUCAGCAUUCUCAUGUUCUGAUACACUGCUCAGAUGGCUGGGAUCGAACAAGUCAGCUUAGUGCUCUUUCACAGAUACUACUUGAUCCAUAUUACAGGACCAUCGAAGGAUUCAUUGUUCUUGUAGAGAAAGACUGGCUGGCAUAUGGCCAUAUGUUCCAGCAUCGAUCAGGAUUUCUCAGCAGCGAGAAAUGGUUUUCUGUUCAAAACGAUGCUCUUGCAGGCUCCGCCAUUCAACCAGGUGGUAAUGGUGACGGGCGAGGUGACGCAAUUGAAAACGCGUUGCUCAGUGCCAAGCGAUUCUUCAAUAAGAGCAACCAGAGCCAGGACACCAUCGAGUCAGACAGCGAAUUGGCAUACGAAGAUUCGCCAAAAGCUAAGAAGUCGGCAACGAAGGACACUCAAGCGGAAAAGGAGGCCACGAAGCCCAAAGAGACAAGUCCUGUCUUCCAUCAAUUCCUCGAUGCUACGUAUCAGCUUCUUUACCAAUUUCCGACUCGAUUCGAGUUCAAUGAACGGUUCUUGCGCAGGCUUCUCUACCACCUCUACUCCUGCCAAUACGGCACCUUCUUGUACAAUAACGAGAAGUCCCGUCUAGAUGCACGAGUUCAAGAGCGAACAGCUAGUGUUUGGUCGUACUUCCUGUCACGGAGAGCAGAGUUUACAAACAAGGAUUGGGACGGUGGAGAGAUCGAUGAUCACUUCAAAGGCAAAGAGCGCUUGAUGCUCCCUCGAUUGGACAAAACGAGAUGGUGGAGCGAGGUCUUCAAUAGGAGUGAUUUAGAUAUGAAUGGACCUACAAAUACAGCUACAGAUCGAUACCUGGGCCCAAGAGAAGAUAGCCUUCGUGUCGGGCAUGGUGUUCUUACUGGAGUUGAGACUGCACACACAGCCGCAGGAGCUGGAACUACCCGACAGGUCUCAAACGAAAACCCAGGCAGAAUUGCGAGUCUCAGAGAGGGAAUUGCUGGACUUGGUAUUGGAAUAGGUAGAGGGAAUUCCGGGACCAAGAGUCCAAACAACCCGACCAAAGAGGCCAUGGCGGUCGAGAUGCAAUAG